UGACCAGGUUUAUCAACACAUGUGUGUGACUUUCCGAUACUACCCUCUCGGGAGGGUCAUAUACAAGAGGGUCAUAUACAUGUACAGUUACAUGUAUAUUAUAUAAAAGUAGCUAGGUAAAUUGAUUUGAGCAUCACGUAGAACUUGAUAACCAUGUAGCCACUUCACCGGAAGGAAGAGUGAGUCCAUACCUACAGCAUCUAUUACUAGGGCUGUACACAAUACACACGUGACUGCUUAGUGUGUGUUAGUGUGUGUUAAUGUUGAUACAGGGAUACCGGAAUGCACCAUCUGAAAGGUUGUUGAUAGUUGUAAGAUUCAGCAGUGUGUAUGGGAGGUAAACAUUCCUUCCCUCGGGUGUCUCUACCUGGGGAUAGAGUGGUGCUUAUCACAGGAGCAAAUCAAGGUAUCGGGUACCAUACAGCAAAAUGGAUCGCCAUGAUGGGAGCCAGGGUAAUUAUUGCCUGUCGGUCAGAGGAAAAGGCAAGAGAGGCUAUCAAACGCAUGAAUACAGAGUUCCUGGAAGACAAAGGUAAAGGAACAGAAGGUGUUUCUGACCUAGAAGAGUUGAAUGUGUCCUUUAUGAAGCUAGACAACGCGUCAUUAAAAUCGGUGAUGGCUUUAGUCGAGGAGUUCAAGGCCAGUGGACUCAAACUUCACACACUCAUAUGUAACGCUGGCAUUGGAGUUCACAAGCAAGAAUACACAGAGGACGAAAAUGAAUUCCUAUUCCAGGUGAAUUAUCUAAGCCAUUUCCUGCUGACCGCGCAUCUGUUACCAAUUAUGAAGACUUCCGGUCCAGACUGUCGUGUGAUUCUUGUCUCUAGCGUAGCCCACAGGAUGGUAUCCUUCCAGUUAGACGAGAUUCAGGGCAAGCAGUUCACAGAGAACACGUUUGACGGAAUGAAAUUCUACAAUAGGUCGAAGUUAUAUCAGAUUAUGCAAAUGUUUAGUAUGAACCGUCGAUUGGCAGACAGCAAUGUUACAGUGACGUCAUUACAUCCGGGUGUUGUAGAAACUGGUCUGCUGGACACUUUCGGUGGUGGAGUUUCUGGUGCGGGACUGAGACUGCUACGGGGUGUAGGUGGGUCUAAGACGUCUUUUGAAGGUGCUUGGACGACGAUUAACGCUGCUGUAAACCCAAAGUUGGCAGGCGUACGGGAUGUCUACUUCUCUGAUUCUAAACCAAGCACGGUGUCUGGACAAUCAAGGAACAAACGGGAUCAAGAAAAAAUAUGGACUUACACAUUGACAUGUUUGAAGGAACAUCUUAAUGAAGACAUCAUCAAAGACUUGGAGGGAACGUUUAGAGAAAUGUCAUAGGAUGUCGUCAGAUAGCUUUUACAUUAAAGAUGCGUGCCCCACUGCCGGCAAAACAAAAGAGAAUUCCACUGUAAUUUCCAUCCAUUAAGUUAUCUCCCCUUUAUAUCGUUUUAUAUACUAUAUAACUGAACAACGAGUAGCCGAGGUACUAAGCUGACUUAAUGGCUUUAGAUGAUCAGAAUGACAGCAUAUGUUUGAAUGAUGGUCUGGUCCCAAUGAAUGCUGUUGCUUUGUUUGUCAAAAGUGAUGAUUUUAAGCAGCGGUCCGGUGAUCCUUGUUCCUGUCUUGUUAUGCUGUUUUCUACUGCAUUAUCAAAUGUGAACGGAUGUUGUUCAACAAAAAUGCUAGUUCUGUUCAUGAUAAAAAGUGAUACAGAAAUAUAAAAGCAAUCCUAUUGACGCUAUCAUCAGUCAGAACACCGACUAUUUCGUUUUGAUCAUAAAGACAAGGUUAUAUUACUGGGUUAUAAUGUAUCAAUGUAGAUUCAUUUUACGUAACCAUUCAUAAUGUAUAUUUUAUGUACUUGAACUACAUGUAAUAAAUGUUGUUAGUCUGUUUACGAGUUGUUGAAUACAAUGUAUAUCAAUUUUUAGUUUAAUUUCUGUAAUAAUAAAAAUAAGCACAUGAACUAAAGAGAAGCUUCUGCGUUUGUCAUCCAAUACGACACCUCUCUAAGCCCAUACUCUGUAAGCCCAUACGUAUACUCUCUAAGCUCAUACUCUGUAAGCUGAAUGCGUGACAAUGCUGAAUCGUAUACCCUUUAUGCUCUAUUGUAGAUGUAACCCAUCGACGACAGAGAAAUAAAAACAAUUGUACCUUUAAA